UGCGGUCCUUUAUCGGGAAAUAAAAGUAGGAAUAUUUAAAACUUAAGACCUUAAUUGGGGAAUUGAAUUACUCGUUUUCUUGUCGCAUUUUUGCUGGUGAUGCUGAUGCAGCUGACGAGACUUUAAACAUCAAACACCCGAACAUGAAGCACAGGACAUGCUCCUAUUAUUCAUGUGGCACCUGACUGGGACAGACUGUGGAUUAUUUUCCAAUUUGGGGAAGCAACCUCUUUUUUUCUUUCUUUCUUUUCCAUGAGGAGUGAAGGAUACCUAAAAAUAAACCACCUUUUAUGGAAAAAGCCCACGGUGCAGGCUCUGUGAUCGGACUGUUUGGGGUCACCCAUGUGCGUUUUGUGUGACUAUAUAGAGCCGUAAAAGCCUGGACCUGUAGAGAAAAACCCGGACCGUGAAGCUUGGGGUUUGCAGAACUGGUCCCUGAAGAUGCUCCAGACUGGAAACUACUCUCUGGUGUUGUUGAUCCAACUCACACUGUUGGCCUAUGACCUCUUUGUCAACUCCUUUAGUGAACUCUUGAGGGGAGCGCCUGUCAUCCAACUUGUGCUUUUCAUCAUCCAGGACAUCGCCAUCUUGUUCAACAUGAUCAUCAUCCUCCUGAUGAUGUUCAACACCUACGUGUUCCAGGUGGGCCUUGUGUCUCUGCUGCUGGAGAGGUUCAGAGCUCUGCUCGUCUUCUCUGCUCUCUACCUGACGCUCAGCAUCUGCUUCCACUGCUGGAUCUUGAACCUCAGAUGGCUCGAUUCAAACCGCUAUGUUUGGACAGAUGGCCUUCAAUCUCUUUUUGCUUUCCAAAGAACAGCGGCCGUUCUGUACUACUACCUGUACAAACGCACAGCGGAGUGUAUGGGAGACCCAAGGCUGUAUGAGGACUCUCUGUGGCUCCGCGAUGCUUUUGCCAGAGCUCGUCAAUGAAAAGGAGAAGCAUUCUGAGAGAACUGUGAAAGGAUCUGUGAUGAAAGGCGUAUCUGGCAUUACGAGACAGGACAGCAUCGUCAGGAACUUGGAAUUUGGGAUGACGCCGCGGUCCGUUCUCCCACGCCGGCAAUGAUGUCAGACUCGUCUGGAAAUUGCUAACGGUGAACGCUGAUGGAAGUGUUUGACAGGCAGUGAGAAUGAUGCAAAGUGUCUUGCAGUCUGUUUCUACUGGCUUCCCGCAGACGGGAGGUUAAAUGGUUUACACUGCCAGGUAAGCCAAGGGUGGCAUAUGUAGUAUUGUAUUAAUCAGGAUUGAGUCAGUUAAUCUGUGGCCUUGUAAAACAAUUUGGACUGUUGGCUGACUGCAAAGAGAACUGUUGCACACGAAGGUUUUGUCUGCCUUUUUUCAUUUCUUUUACUUUCUGUACUCCAGUGAUUAUAGACGAUGUAGUCAUAGUCCUGUUAUUGUGCUCAAAGGAAGAGGGUAUUGUGUUUUUUCUUGCCUUACGUAAGGUUGGCAUCUGAUGUUUACAUGUUAAAUGCAUUUGUAACAAGCUAAUUUCUACGUGAACUCAGUUGGAUUCUGAGUGUGGAUCUUUGAAUCCUCUUGACACUUUUUAUUAAAUAAUCCUUGUCUUAAUCCAGUUUAAUCCCUCAUUGCAAGGGUAGUAAGUAUUAUCCUGGAGACAAGGUGAAACUGGCUGCUCUAUUUUUAACACAAAGAUUAAUCAGGGAUUGAGGUUUUAGGCCCCACUAGUGAAACACACCACAAAUAGCCUUCAGUGUGACAAAAUACCCAACUAUUCCUGGACAGGUUAUGCUGAAGUGCACUUGGCCUGGUUUAAAUGUUUUAUAAAAAUUCUGUAGAUUCUUGCAUAUAUUAGACUUUAAAGAACGACACAGGAAGUUGUACAAAUCCUCUUUAGUUGUGAAAUGAAAUCCAGAGUCCAUAUGAUCCCAGAAUGUUGUCAGUGCCAUUCAAUUAAAUCCAAAAAAUCCAGUAUGUGUUUGUCAAUGAUGUCCAUUAUCAUGGAAUGUGUUAAUCUUUUAAAGGUGGUCAGCUGAAAUGAGAAGAAAAGAAGAAACACAGUAAAGCACAAUACCACAUUAAACUGAACACACUUGUCUGAGUUUUAAACAUACCUUCAUACGUAGAUUCCAACCCACAGUAGAAGGAACAGCACACCGAAGCCCAUGAAAAGUGAAGCCACCAGGGAGAUCAGGAGCUCUUUGUAGAUGUCUCUUGUGUAUUUCGUUGACGUCACCUCAUAACUGUUUAAAAGUUAAGGUAAAGCCCAAUAAAAAAUGUACAAAACACAAGACAGAUUUUCACUGUUUAAUAUUGUUUCCUGUAGCUGUACAUUUCUAAAAUUACUGAUAUCAGACUUGGCUAAAUGUGCUGCUGGCAUACUUUGGCUGUUUUUUGCAGGAACAGGUCGCCUGCAACAACUAGAUCACACUUUGAGCUCCAACAUGAAAGUAAAAACUGAUAU